GUUUGUCGAUGCUUUUAAUUUGAAAGUCCACUUUCCUUAGCGGAUUUGGUGUCAGUCCGUUUCCCUUGGAGCUCUUUCAGUGUAACACCCGAUCAUGAAUCGGAGACUCGUUCCGAUGCGCGAGGACUGCGUGUACACGAGCUGCUACUGUGAAGAAAAUGUUUGGAAGCUCUGUGACUAUGUCAGAAAACAGAGAACUGCACCGCUGAAACAUCUGUUUGUGAUCUUCAUCUCCAAUGAGACGAGAACGGUUCCUCUGUGGAAGCAGAAGUCUGGACACGGAGACCUGCCGGUUAUCUGGGACUACCAUGUGAUCCUGCUACAGGCAGAUCAAUCGGACUGUCUAGUGUACGAUCUGGAUUCAACGCUCUCGUUUCCCUGCAGCCUGAAGCUUUACGCUGCCCAGGCCUUACGCUCAGAGAGUGACAUCAGACCAGAAUACCACAGGAAGUUUCGUGUGGUUCCUGUUGACAGCUUCCUGUUGAACUUCGCAUCUGAUCGAUCUCACAUGAGGAACUCUGAUGGAUCGUGGAAGAUGCCUCCCCCUACGUAUGCCCCUAUAUGCACUGCAGAUUGCCAGAUGAACCUAGAUGAUUUCAUCAACAUGGACCCUGCCAUCGGCUGGGGUGUGGUCUUCAGCCUCAACCACUUUCUGCAGAGAUACAUUGGAAGCCCCUCAUCAUCCUCAGCCUCCUCCUCAUCCUCAGCCUCCUCCUCCUCCUCUUCUUCAUCAGCAACAAGAUCAUGGUAGUUGUGGUUUUGAGGUUUUUUUUCGCUUGUGGGCUCAAGAUGUUUGAAGCGGAUUGAAGAGUCCUCCUGCUGGUUGCUGUCCCACAUGACCAUGUGAAAUGAAAUUGGUUCUUGGAACUGUGUAAAUUCACCGUUGUCCCACCCCCUUAUAAAAUGCAAGAGACUUUGAUAGUUGUUCAGCCAAAAACCAUCUAUGUAAUGAACAUAUUGAUCAUUUGAUGACCGAUUUUUUUGAACUUGUUGAUCAGAAGAGUGCUUUCACCCCGAUCAAUAAAACUCUUCAUAAUCUCUUUGAGCAUCUUCAAUUCACUGUUAGAAUUUAAAAAUGAUAAAGUGAAAAUAAGGAAACACUAGUAGGGUUCUGUUCGUUUGGGGUACAGUUGGUAUGUUUGGUUUAACAUGAUUGUCAGUUUCCAGAAAUAACAUCAGAGGUGUUUGACAUCUGCUGCGCUGUUGUCGGGGAGACUAGUGCAGGAUUUAGGGACAGCAUUGAUGUAGUUCAUCACUUAGGCCGCUGCAACGAAAAUCAGAAGCCAAGGUUGGUUAUCAUUCGAUUUUCGACAAGAUCGGCUUGUGACCAGAUCUGGAGAAAAGCUAAAAACUACUACUUCCUGAAGGAAAACUACCUGAGAGUCACUGAAGAUCUGUCCUCUGCUGACAGAGCGCUGCAAGGAAAGAAGGAAAAAGAGCUCACUUUGCCGGGGUCCGUGUGAUUAUUGAGGGAAAGGAGGUGCACCCAACGCCCACUUCGCCUGAGGAUCAAGCAGCACCUGUGCUGAUGGAGGUUACAGACCUCUUUGAGGUAUAAAGUUACAGAUGUCACAUAAGGGAUUAUCUACAAUUCUGAGGUUCAGGCUAAAAGUUCUUAAUGUCAGUACUAGAGAUGGACCGAUCCGAUAUUACGUAUCGGUAUCGGUCCAAUACUGACCUAAAUUACUGGAUCGGAUAUUGGAAAGAAAUAAAAAAUGUAAUCCAAAAAUGUAUCACAAAAGCACCUCACAAAACUUGCGACAUAGCGUAACCCAGCUCAUAACCUUAGCACGUCGGAGGAGUAUACGUCACGUGAUAGAGCGGCUGUGGCGUGUGAGACCUCUUGGCGGUCUGGUUGAGCAGUUGGAGCCUUGCUAUGUGCUUCCAAACUGGUGUUGUGCCAAAAAGUGAUUGCCUGCCAAAAACUGAUUUCCAAUGUUUCUGUGUAUUUUUUCUGUGUAAUAUCUUUAUGUAUGUUGGUAAAUAGACUUCGGUGAACAGGGUUUACAAAGGGGUUAUAUAUAGAAUUAAAAAAUUAUCUGUUUUUCAAGUGUCUUUAUAACUCUGUGUUAUUGUACUUACAUUAUAACCAAUACGGUCCUUUAUCCCCACUUAAAAUAUUUUUACAGAACUAUCGUAAUAUUUGCUGCCAUUUCUGCUGUCCUCUUGGCCAACUUACUCUUACAAAAGACAUUUUUAAUGUUAAUGAGAUUUUUUUAACUGCAAAAAUAAAGGUUAUAUAAAAGU